AUGAUUCAACCUCAAACCCUUUUGAAUGUAGCAGAUAACAGCGGAGCCCGAGAAUUGAUGUGUAUUCGAAUCAUAGGGGCUAGUAAUCGACGAUAUGCUCAUAUUGGUGACGUUAUUGUUGCUGUAAUCAAGAAAGCCGUCCCAAAUACACCUCUAGAAAGAUCAGAAGUGAUCAGAGCUGUAAUUGUACGUACUUGUAAAGAACUCAAACGAGAAAAUGGUAUGAUAAUACGAUAUGAUGACAAUGCUGCGGUUGUUAUUGAUCAAGAAGGAAAUCCAAAAGGAACUCGAAUUUUUGGUGCGAUUGCCCGAGAAUUGAGACAGUUAAAUUUCACUAAAAUAAUUUCAUUAGCACCUGAAGUAUUAUAA